ACAAUUUUCCAUCCUCUAAUUAGCCUCAGUACUCCACCAUUCCUUAUAUAAACCUUUAACCAUGCCAGUCCGAGCAAUCGCGGUGGGACGACACGAGGAGCUUAGCCACCCGGACACGAUAAAAGCCGGGGUGGCCGAGUUCAUCUCCACGCUCAUAUUUGUCUUUGCAGGGUCAGGGUCAGGGAUGGCAUUCAAUAAGCUAACAAGUGAUGGUGCAGCCACUCCUGCUGGCCUCACAUCGGCUGCUAUUGCCCAUGCUUUUGCACUUUUCGUUGCGGUUUCCGUAGGUGCUAAUAUUUCGGGUGGACAUGUCAACCCCGCGGUCACCUUUGGUGCCUUUGUUGGGGGUAACAUCACUUUGUUGCGUGGUAUUGUUUAUGUCAUUGCUCAGUUGCUUGGAUCCACUGUUGCUUGCUUGCUACUUAAGUUUGUCACUAAUGACAUGGCCGUGGGUGCAUUCUCGUUGUCCACAGGAGUUGGAGUAUCAAACGCAUUGGUCUUCGAGAUUGUAAUGACAUUCGGUCUUGUUUACACAGUCUACGCAACCGCAGUUGACCCAAAGAAGGGUAGUUUGGGAACAAUUGCCCCAAUUGCCAUUGGUUUCAUUGUUGGUGCCAAUAUUUUGGCUGGUGGAGCAUUCACCGGAGCAUCCAUGAACCCAGCAGUAUCUUUCGGGCCCGCUUUGGUGAGCUGGACCUGGGCCAACCACUGGGUGUAUUGGGUUGGGCCUUUGGUUGGUGGUGGUAUUGCUGGACUUGUUUAUGAGUUCCUCUUUAUUAACCAAACCCAUGACCAUUUGCCCACAUCAGCCUAAAGUUCAUAAAAAGUAAAAACGAACUUCUCAAAAUUACUCGUAUAAACAUAGUAUUUUUUUUCGGGUUUUUAUUGGUGCAUUUCUUUCGUUGGUGGUUGUUGAUAUCUCGACAAAUUGUAAUUUGUGGACAUUGGAUUGUGAUUUCUCCAUAUCGUUCUAAUGUUUUGUAAAUUUGCGGUUUCUGUUGUA